UCAAAGUGUUUGUAAUCAUCGGCUCGAAAAGACAUAACAGUAGCGUUUGAACGGCAAGUGUAUCACAGCGGAAGAAACGUAAAUAAGGAGAACACCAGAAUACCAUUUAAAACGGGUCAUAAAUAUACUAUAGAAAUUAAAGAAGAAAAAUAUUAAAUUAAAGCAAACUCAAAUUACACAAAUUCUUAACAAAUAAAGUUUAUUAAAGUCAGGCACGUCAUCUCUGCCAACGUCACAAAAAUGAAUUUACAUAAUCCCACUUUGAUGUUGGGACUGGCAUCACUUCUGGUGUUGUGUUGGAUAGACACUUCCGUGGCUUUUCCAUCGCUGGUUAUGCCUCGUUUGCACAGAUCAAUGGACAAUGAAUUGGGGUUGCAAAAUAAAAAUAUGGGUUUCCCACAGACUGACGAUGAUGUCUUAGAAUUGGAACAACUGCGGGAGGUACAUCCUGAGGAACCUCUUAGUUAUAGCCAUCAACAGAAUUCGGAAACAUUAAUGGCCGAAGAACCUCAACCACUGAUAAUGGCGGAUGAAACUCUGCCAGGGUUGGAACAACAAUUGGAAGCGGCAACACCACAGCUCCAAAGUACUCAGGGUCCCCAGGUCCCGGCCGAAAGUGCCGGUGAAACACCACCAGAGUCUGGCAAUAAUGGUGGCGAGCAAAUAAAGUCAUUUGGUGGCCACCGACCACCAACUCUACAAAAUAACGAUGGCGGCAAAACCGAUGGAAAUGGAGAGAAACCCAAAGCCAAGUGCCGUCUGGGUAUGUACGGUGCCGCACGUCUUGUUUAUGGACAAAAUCCUGUACUUCCGAAUACAACAACAACAACUUCCGCACCGGCUGCCACCACAAUGAAGUCUACCACGACAACGACAACAACAGUUGCACCACCACCACCUCCAGCACCGGAAGUACCAGCCCAGGAUGACAGUGACGAAAGUGAUAACGACUCUGAUGUCUCAGCAGAGCCUGGUGAGCCUGCCGAACCGGCAGUAGAAAAUCAAGAUAUCGUAGAGAAUGUAGAAAAUGCUGAACAAGCACCAGAACCGGCACCUGAAACCUCAGAUGAUGGUGAAACAGUUAAUCAACCGUCCGAAAUCGAAGUGACUGAAGCCCCUCCAGAGGUACCCACUGUGCCUGUGACAAUUGCAACAACUCAAGCUCCUACCCAGGUUUACACCUACAGACCGUAUCGCACAACAAAGAAACCCAGGAGAGACGAAGAGCCCGAACGCCAAGUGAUCGGUGAUUUGGUUCUCGAGGAUGAAUCAGCCUUACGCAAGUCCACCUCUCGGCGUUCUGUAACCCAUAUGACUCCCAAGACGGCCGAAAGCCUACUGAAGCAUGGAAAUGGCCAAUAUUCCUCCUUUGAUAUGGCCCAAUAUGUUUUCUGGACUGGCGAUGAGGCUGGGGUGGCAAAAGCUGUGGAGGAGCUAAUCCAACAGGAUAUGAUGAGCCGUGAAGAUGCUUUGAAAUUUUUGCAUGAAAUACGAGUGGGUAUUGAAUAUUUACAGAAAUCCUAUGCGAAUCGUAUCUUCCCCGAGGAGAUCCAUCACAAUACUGUCAAAAAGAGCUUUAUAACUAAACCGUCCACUACGACUACUACAACUACCAGCACCACGACUACUACAACAACAACACCUAAGCCUGAUUUACAAUAUUUGAAUUUCGAACAAAAUCUUGAAGAACCCGAAAAUCUGAAUUUGGCCAAAGCCCUCGAUAAUAUUGCACUUUGGCAUAAACUGCAAGCCAUGAAUCAAGGCAAUCAAGCAAGUCAAGAUACAAGUGAAGAUGAAAAUGAAACACGACGUCCUAAAAUUGCCGACUGUGAUCACAAGGAAUAUAAUUUGGAGGAAAUAAUUUACAAAUUGGCAAGGAUAAUGUUUACUGAAUCCCUAACACAUGGCGAUGAGGCACAGCGAGAAAUCAAAAAGUUAAUGGAUUUCUUUGAACGUGAACAUGAAUUGGGUGUCAUACCCUUAGAUUUGGAGCAAAAAGUUAUACAUGUUUUAUUGCAAGCCUUGUCGGAUACCCUAACUGAGAAACCUGAACUCUGGCCGGCAGCACAGUAUCCCUACAAUCGUUUGUUGCGUUCCUACGCCCAUACAAAUUAUAUGCGUCCCAGUUCGACAAAUGUUUAAACAGUAUUCCUAGCAAGAAAAUAAAAAUAAAGAAAAACAAAAAUAAUAUUAACCAAAAAUAUAGAUCACAUAUACCACUCCGAUUCACAGACAUACGUAUAUACAUAACACAUAAAAUAAUAAAUAGCAAAUGUUUACGAUUUAUAAAACAUAACAAAAAGAAACUUUGAAAUAAAUAGAAACACCGCAGAUUUUUUAUGGUUAUUUCCUCGAAGGCAACAUUUAAACCGUAAAAACGUUUAACUCGGCGUUGUCCAUUUAAAACCGAACGUGUAUUUUACAAUUAAGAAAAGCCGAAGAUUUUCAACUCAAUAGCUUUUUGAAUGCGAUGCGCUUUUUUUUCCGGAAACGAUUUAAUAAAAGCCACGGUAAUCAAUGAUAAAAAGAAUAAAAAAAUUAAGAACCGUUUUCAAUCAAUUUAUUUACAUACAUACAUAUUUUAAAAUCAGAGUAACGUUUUAAUAAAAAAAAUAUAAAUAAUCAAUGUUUGAUAGGCAUGACGGCUUUUAUUGGAGUUAUUUAUUUAUAUUAAGAAUUCUCCAAUAUAAUUAAAAAUAAAUGAGUUUUGUCUUUAUAAUUUCAAAUAAGUAGACCUAAAUUAAAAAAAUUAAUUUUCAAUUUUCAAAAUUCAUUUGAAUUCAAAAUCUUUUAUUUAAUUUCAAAGAAUCAUACAAAGAUUAAUUAUUCUAAAUUAUUGCAUUCUAAAUGAUUGAUGCCGUCAUCGCCAGACGCCCUUAUUGUGACAUCGCUUGCUAUUGUAUAUCACAGCAGAGUAAAAUGUGAACAUUUAUUGUAGCCUCCUAACAAAAAUAUAUUUAUUAAAUGGAUCAAACUAUAAGCAACUGAAUAUAUAACACUUGAAUAAAACGUAAACUUUAUAUUCGUAUAUUAUUAAAUAAUAUAUUAAUAUUUGUAUAAAAUAACAACAAAAAACACUCUAGUAAAAUAUAUACCUACAUAAAAACAAACAUUUAAAACAGGCUGUUUUCAAAACACCUCUUCGUAUUUAUUUAAGCCAAUCAUAAAAUAAACAUUUAAUUUUCAUUACAAUUUUCUCCAAAAUCCGUCUUUGAAGUAAUGAAUUUAAAUCCGUGAUAUUUUCAAAUUCCCGUAUGAUUUUAAAGCAAAUCCAAAAAUUAAAAUAAAAAAAUAUUAAUUAUUUAUAUUCAGAAAAAAUAAAAUCUACAAAAAUUCCAGGAAUUGUAUUUUGUUUAAUUCGAUUAAAUGUCAGACUUAAUGUUGAAUGAGCUUUAAAUGUAUAAUAUAAAUAUUUUAUUGUAUUAUACCUAAAAUUAAAAACAAAAACGUAAAACAAAAUUUAUAAACAAAAAAGAUAUAACAAACAAAAAUUUAGGCACUAAAUCUAAACCCUGUAAAUGAAAGCAGCAACAUUUGUUGUCAUAGCUGUAGAUAUAAAUAAUUUAAAUAUUUUAUUUUUAAUUUGAAAAAAUAAUACAGGAUAUGAAUGAGCACCUGAAAUAUUAAAAUAUUAAAACUAUUUGUAAAAUUUAUUUUUAAAAAAUAAAUAUUUUUAUUAUUAUUAUAUAAUUUCGUCCACAUAUGUAUCAAGCACUCAUUUGCAGUUCACAUUCUUGGUUUCUCAUGCAAUGCUAUUUAUAAUAAACAUUUUAGUUUAGUUAACAACUAA